GUAACAAAUUAAAGAAGAGGAAAAGAAGAGAAAAAAAAAAGAAUGGAAGUUAUAUUAAUACUAUACAAAAUAAUUGGUGCUUGUUUAGCAUUUGUGGUGUUGUUUUACACAUGGAGAAUACUGAACUGGGCUUACAUCCGGCCGAAGAGGCUGGAAAAAUCAUUGAGGAAACAGGGCCUCAUCGGAAAUACGUACAACUUUCUGUAUGGAGAUUUGAAAGAGAUGUUGAAUAUGAUUAAUCAUGCCAAGUCUCACCCAAUCAAUCUCGACGAUGAUAUCAAGCCCAGGGUUCUAGCUUUUAUUCACAAAACCUUUCUAAAAUAUGGGAAGGGGUCGUUUAUUUGGCUUGGGCCAAGACCUGCAGUUAUGAUCACCGAGCCGGAGCUUAUUAAGGAGGUGAUGACAAAGAUUAAUCUAUACCAAAAGCCGAAGAAUUCGAAUCCACUGACGAAGCUGCUAGCACAAGGUGUUGUGGCAUAUGAGGGAGAUAAAUGGGCCAAACACAGAAAAAUAAUCAACCCUGCUUUCCAUUUUGAAAAAUUGAAGUUAAUGAUUCCGGCCUUCUAUUUGAGUUGCGAUGAAGUUUUGAACAAAUGGGAGAAGAGCCUCUCCGGGAAAGGAUCGGGUGAGGUGGAUGUGUGGCCUUAUCUCCAAAAUUUAUCGAGCGACGCGAUAUCGAGAACCGCAUUUGGUAGCAGCUACAAAGAAGGACGAAAAGUAUUCGAACUCCAGAGAGAACAGGCCGAGUACAUUAUCAAGGCUUCACAAACGAUCUACAUUCCGGGAUGGAGAUUUAUGCCUACGAAAGGGAACAAUAGAAUGAAAGAGAUCGAAAAGGAAGUACAAUCGUCGAUCCGCGGUAUGAUUAACAAAAGGGUUAAGGCGAUGAAAGCAGGGGAAGCGAGCAACGAGGACUUGUUGGGCUUAUUAUUGGAGUCCAAUUACAAAGAAAUCGAGCAGUAUGGUAACAAGAGCUUCGGUAUGACAAUCGAUGAAGUGGUCGAAGAGUGCAAGCUGUUUUAUUUCGCAGGGCAAGAGACGACUUCGGUGUUGCUUGUGUGGGCUUUGGUUUUACUUAGUCAAUAUCCCGAAUGGCAGACGAAAGCUAGGGAAGAGGUUCUCCAAUCCUUCGGUAAUCAAAUACCCGAAUUCGAUGGACUGAAUCAUCUCAAGAUCGUUAACAUGAUCUUGUACGAGGUAUUGAGGCUUUAUCCACCGGUUGUUGCUCUCGGUCGAAUUGUGAGUGAGGAAACCAAGCUCGGGAAAUUAACACUGCCAGCUGGAGUUCAGGUAUCGUUGCCGAUUAUUUUCUUACACCACAACCGUGAAAUUUGGGGCGACGAUGCAAUGGAAUUCAAGCCAGAGAGGUUUAGUGAAGGGGUGUCCAAAGCGCAAAAGGGACAAGGCAUAUUUUUCCCGUUCGGGUGGGGCCCACGAAUAUGCGUCGGGCAAACGUUUGCCAUGCUGGAAGCAAAAGUUGCGCUUUCUAUGAUCCUUCAGCGCUUCUCUUUCGAGCUGUCGCCGUCGUACGCGCACGCUCCUCACACCGUCAUAACGCUUCAGCCUCAGCACGGUGCCCACUUGCUUCUGCACAAGCUCUAAGAAUACGUGGCAUUGCAAAUCGAAUAAAGACGCCAAACUAAAGAUUUUAUUUUAAUAUAGUUAUAGUUUGUGUGCAAAUAAGUUAUCAACUACUUACUUUUUCGAGCUUGCAGUGUAUGUUGCAAAAUUUGAUGUUUCUUUCUUAUGUUACAAUGUCUUCCCUUCGAGGAACCCGAAUUAUCCUUUCGAUCUUUUUGCCAAUAUUCUAAUAUCCAUCACAUUAUGAUUUACUCCGCCAUAAA